AUGGCCGAAUUUAUUACUCCAGUCAUUGACGUCCUAACUCGUUUGUGCGGUUGUUGCGCCAAAUGGGCAGAUCCAAUAUGCAAUCUAGGAGACAACCUCAUCUCUUUGAGAAAUGCUUCUAACCAACUCAAUGACAUGUAUCUUGAUGUCAAGAUGAAGGUCGCAACGGCAGAGAAGGUUCCAGAUCCAGAGCUGACGGUUUUGAAUCAAGUAAGGGGUUGGAUGGGCAGAGUAGAAGUCCUACAAAAUGAUGUCCAGGCCAUUCUACAGCAAGGUGAUCAAGAAAUACAAUCCAAGUGUUUUGGAGAGUGUUGUCCCAAGAAUUGUUGGGCUAGCUACAAGCUACACGAGGACGUUACCCAGAAGCUGAGUGAUGUUGAUGAUCUUAUAAGCAAUGGGCAUUUUGAUGUUGUCGCAGAAAAGUUUGCUCGUGAUCAGUUUGACGAACUUCCUGUGGACAAGGCGGUGGGUAUAGAAUCAACAUUUGAGGAGCUACGUUCAUGCUUUGAGAACAACCGAGUGGGCAUCGUUGGUUUGUAUGGGAUGGGUGGGGUAGGCAAAACAACUCUACUGAAGAAGUUCAACAAUGAUUGCCUCUCAACAAUGCCACAAUAUGCAGUCAUCUGGGUUGAGGCAUCUAAAGAUGUAGAUCCAGGAAAAAUACAAGAAGACAUUAGGAAGAAAUUACGCAUCGGAGAUGAUAUUUGGAAUAACAAGACAGGGGAUGACAGAGCUCGUUUGUUAUACAAUAUCUUGAAGAAUAAGAAAUUUGUGUUGUUAGUAGAUGAUGUGUGGGAAAGGAUUGACUUGUUGAAAUUAGGGGUUCCUUCUCCUAAAAAUCUUGAAUGUAAGAUAAUAUUCACAACUCGGUCACAAGAGAUAUGCGGCCAAAUGGAUGCACAGAGAAGCAUAAAAGUAAAGUGCCUCACGUUUGAGUUGAAAGAAUGUCAAGGCCUACCACUUGCUCUUUGUACCGUUGGACGUGCCAUGGCUAACAAGGUGACUCCCAAUGAAUGGAAGCGUGCUAUAGAAAUUUUGAGGAGUUAUCCAUCAAAAGUCCAAGGUAUUGUUAAUGAUGUGUAUUACUUGCUUGAAUUUAGUUAUGACAGACUGCCGGAUGAUACUUACAAAUCAUGUUUUCUGUAUUGUGCCUUAUUCCCUGAGGAUUACAACUUUAAAAAACAAGAGCUUAUUUUGCUCUGGAUAGCAGAAGGUUUUCUGGCUAAAUUUGAUUAUAAUAUACAUGAAGCACGUAAGCAAGGAGAAGAUAUAAUUUUGAGUCUAAAAGAUGCUUGCUUAUUGGAAAAUGGUGUGGAAGAAGAUACAUUUAAGAUGCAUGAUGUCAUAAGAGAUAUGGCUCUUUGGGUAGCUUGUGAUCAUGGGGAAAACGCAAAAUUCUUUGCAGGAGAUGGUUUUGGGACUAGUGGCCUUGAAGGGUGCAAUCAUGCAAAGUGGAAAGAGGUAGAGAAGCUGUCAAUGUGGGGUAGGGGUGAAGUGAGUACAAACUUCUCACGAAAACCUCAUUGUCCUAAUCUCGUUACUCUGCUUAUUAGGAAUACUACGAUACAAGUCUUUCCAACUGAGCUUAUUAGGAAUACUACGAUACAAGUCUUUCCAACUGAGGUAUUUGUCCUUCCAAGUACUCUCAGAGUUCUAGACUUGUCAUCUAGUUAUGGAAUAAGAGAUCUACCAUCAGAAAUUGGGGACUUUGUAAACCUCGAACACAUGAACCUAUCCAAUACUCAUAUAAGGAAAUUGCUAGAGGAGUUGAAGAAUUUGAAGAAGCUGAGGUUCUUGUUGCUGGACGGACAUGGAGACCUUGAAUUCCCAGAAAAAGUUAUAUCCUGUUUGUUAGCCCUUCAAGCUUUUAGCGCGAUAUGGAAGCAAGUUCGAGGGAUUGAUGAAAAUGUGUUGUUGGAUGAGCUAGAAGGCUUAGAGCAUCUUCAAGAUAUGCGCAUAUCUGUCUUUAGCAAAUCCUCUAUUGGAAAAAUAGUGAUCUCCUCAAAAUUGCAAAGGUGCAUGUGUAAGUUAUUUGUUAAAGGAGUAAGCUCACCACUCCAUGACUUCUUCUCAUCACUUGGAAAGAUGGAGCAUCUCGAAACAUUAGAUCUUAGGGAUUCCAGAGCUGGGGAUAUUCCGAGGUGCUCAUUUUGGGGGCAUGAUUAUAUAAUCACCCUUCGAGAGUUGGUUCUCUAUCGGUGCGGUAAUAUAGUUGACUUGAAUUGGCUUAUACAUGCUCCAAACCUUGAAGUCCUUCUAAUAAGCUAUUGUGAUUCAUUGGUUGAAGUUGUGAGUGCAGAUUUUGGGACUGCUGACAUUGAAAGAGUGAAAAGCAAUCUAUUUUCUAGUCUCACUUUUCUUAAUUUGCGAUUUCUGAGUAACUUAAGGAGCAUUUGUAGAGUGGCAUUACAGUUUCCUUGUUUGAAGGAGAUUCAUGUAGGAAAGUGCCACAAUUUGAAGAAGCUCCCAUUUAACUCUCAAAGUGCAUUGAAUAAUCUACAACAUUUUAUUUUGGGAUAUGAUGAUGAUCAGUGGUUGCGUGAAUUGGAAUGGGAAGACGAAGCAACCAAGCAUCUUCUUUCAUCAAAAUAUGAAUGGUAA